CCGCCGCCGCGGGAGCGUGCCCGGUGCCGGGAUGCGCGGGGCGGAGGCGGGGCGGUGGCGGCGGGCCCCUCGGCGUCCCUCCGGCGGCAGGAACUGUGGAUGGAGCGGAAAGCUGAGGAGCUGAGCACUUCAUCGAAGGCCCACGUGUUGACCCUGAUGCUUGAAUGAACGCAGAAUGGAAAUGCUUCCUGGAGUGGGUGUGUUUGGAACUGGCAGCACCGCCCGGGUCUUGGUCCCCUUGCUGCGAGCAGAAGGCUUCUCUAUUGAAGCACUCUGGGGAAAGACUGAAGAGGAAGCAAAGCAGCUGGCAGAAGAAAUGAAUAUCUCCUUCUACACGAGUCGGACUGAUGAUGUCUUGCUGCACCAGGACGUAGAUUUGGUUUGCAUCAAUAUCCCUCCACCCCUAACUCGGCAAAUUGCUGUGAAAGCUCUAGGAAUAGGGAAGAAUGUGAUCUGUGAGAAAGCUGCUACCUCUGUGGAUGCCUUCAGGAUGGUCACAGCUGCCAGAUACUACCCCAAGCUGAUGAGCAUCGUAGGCAAUGUUCUCCGUUUCUUGCCUGUCUUUGUGAAGAUGAAGCAGUUGAUAGAAGAACACUAUGUGGGCAAUGUGAUGAUCUGUGAUGUGCGAGUUUACGGGGGAAGCCUGCUCAGCCACAAGUACAACUGGAUCUGUGAUGAGCUAAUGGGAGGAGGUGGUCUGCAUACAAUGGGAACAUACAUCAUUGACCUUCUAACCCACCUCAUCAACAGGAGAGCAGAGAAAGUCCAUGGCUUGCUCAAGACUUUUGUGAAGCAGAACACAGCUAUAAGUGGGAUCCGCCAUGUUACUAGUGAUGACUUCUGCUUCUUCCAGAUGCUAAUGAGUGAGGGUGUCUGUUGUACUGUGACUCUCAAUUUCAACAUGCCUGGAUCAUUCAUUCAUGAAGUCAUGGUGGUUGGGUCUGCCGGUCGCCUCAUAGCUCGUGGGACAGACUUGUAUGGGCAGAAGAACACUGCACUCCAAGAAGAACUAUUGUUUACAGACUCUCUGACUGUCAACAAAGGCCUUUUGGACAAGGGGUUUAAAGACAUCCCGCUGCUCUACCUAAAAGGAAUGGUAUACAUGGUGCAAGCGUUGCGGAAGUCUUUCCAAGACCAGGAAGAUCGUCGGACGUGGGAUCAUAAACCUGUCUCUAUGGCAGCCUCUUUUGAAGACGGUCUGUACAUGCAAAGUGUAGUAGAGGCCAUCAAAAAAUCCAGCAGGUCAGGGGAGUGGGAGGCUGUGGAGGUCAUGACCGAGGAGCCAGAUGCCAAUCAAAACCUUUGCGAGGCGCUUCAGAGAAAUAACUUAUGAACAUUCCUGCUUUGGAAAAUAGGACAAUUGAUACUUCAGGCUGUAACCAUACGAAUCCUCUCUGUUUUUAAGAUAUGUAGAUUCUUAUUUAAUAAUGUUUCUUGUUUUUUCUUUAAACGUGUAAAAUAUGCCAUGUUCUCAUAGAAACGGUUCUGAUUUAAAUUGUUUAGAGUUUUAAAUGUUUCCGUUUUUUGUAAACGUAUUAAACGUUUGUCUUGGAGACUUAGAAAAACUUGAAUUGCCCUUUGCACUUGCAGUAGCUGAAGUGAAGCAUGGAUCUCUGCCAUUGCAUGGCUUGGGAAUGGGACACAACCCCUCUUGCACAGGUCGCUUGUUUUAACAGGAGAUUAAGUAGAGCAAGAUCAGGGAGCAUCUGUUGUUUAGAUGCCUUUGCCUUCUCUUGGAGACUGAUUUAGUUUUACUCCUCAGUUGGUAAAAUUUUAUUAAAGAGUUUAGUGAUGUAACACAUCUCUAAACUCAUAUAGGACAGAGUAGAACAGAAUAAAGCUUGUAAAAUAAGGAUCAGCCUUUGGCUUUCUGCACAUGUCAAAUGUUUUUCAAAGUAAUUUAAGCUGGUAUUUUAUUUAAAUGAUGCUAUGAAUUCCCUGUUGACGGUGUCUCGGCAGUUAUGAGGAAAGUCUUUGGGAAGUCUGUGAUGUGUUGUUCUUCCAUAUCUGCAAACGUUUUCUUUCUACUCAAGAGACUGACUACAUCCAGCAGUUUUUUUUUGCAUAAGCUCUGUUUCCAUCAGUUGUGUUUACUGCCCGGCAGCACCAGGACCAUGACUGUGGGGCCACAUUCUUAUUUCUGCGACUGUUAUUAAAUGCCUCACAGGCAAGGCACAUUUCUACAACCUCACUGGUAAUGAAGUGGCAAAACCGUAACCUUCCAGGGAUCUGAAGAUGGAAGUAAGGAGGUAUUGCCUACCUCUUGCAGCUCUUCUGUGUGCUGACUGGGAAAUUGUCACACUACACACAUGCUGAUACCUGAAGAGAAUGGGGACUGACUUGCCAUGAGCAAGUCUGCUUUGAAUCUCAAACACUGGAUAUUAACUCUCUGGUCCUGCCCACCUUCACACCCUCCUGCAGCUUGUGUCCGGUGGAGAUAUCUGUUGGCAGAUCAUGGGUGGAAGUCCAUUCCAUUUGAGAAAUAUUUUUCUCCAAAGCAGGUAUGUGGAAGGGAUAGUCCAUUUUUACUACAUUUAUUUUGUGUACUUGAAAGCUUUUUUAAUGUAUUAUUUCCCACUAAAUUGUAACUGUGUAUUUAUGUAUGUUAACAUGCAAACCACCGUUUCAUAAGCUGGUCCUUCCUGAAAAGAAUCUUACUUGUUUUCUACAAAAAUAAAAAGUUGUUUGAGGGCAUUCU